AUGGACAGAGCUGGAAAUCGGGCUUCACCUAAAUUCGAUAAACUUUUUGACGAGCCUGGUUCCUCAAAUUGCAUUAAGGGAUUUUACGACGAGGUUGCAAAGGAUAAGACAAAGUUUUCCCUUUUCCAAAGGAAAGAGUCGCGGAUUUACCAUAUGCGCAACUUGAGCAACUGGAUAAAAGGCACACUGAUAGCGCGAUACCUUGAUCUUGUAUAUGAAAGGAAACGAGGGGACCGAGUGGAUAUCUUGGACCUUUGUUGUGGUAAAGGUGGAGAUCAAAAAAAGUGGCAAGUUGGCCGCGUCGACCAUGUUACUUUUGUGGAUAUAUCAAAUGCAUCUGUUGAUAUCUGUAAAGAGAGAUAUGAGUCAUUGAAAUCCGGGAAAUCUCGUAAUCGUCUUUAUUCUGCAGAUUUUAUGGUGCAUGACUGCACCACUCCCCUCAAUUUGGGGCGGUUCUACAGUAUUGUGAGCUGUCAGUUUGCACUCCACUAUGCUUUUGAAACUAUUGACAAGGCUCGAAAUCUACUCCGAAAUAGUAGUCAAGCUUUGGAAGAAGGUGGUUACUUCCUUGUUACCUUACCCAACGCAUAUGAAAUCUUAAAACGAUUAAAACAGAGCAAAGACGGGCGAUCAUUCGGGAACUCUGUUUACUCAAUUAUUUUUGACAAAUCUCACACUGCUCAUCACCCUCCAUCGCUCUUUGGGGAACGCUACCAUUUCCAGUUGGAAGGUGUGGUUGAUUGUCCCGAAUAUCUGGUUUACCCUCCUCUCUUGAUUGACAUGGCGAAAGAGGUGUGUUUGGAGUGCGUCGAGGGUCCUCUCCCCUUCGCUGCGUUCAUGCGCAGGGCUAUGCAGGAUCGCCCAGAGAACAUGGAUCUCCUGCGAACAAUGGACGCCCUGGAGUUGUGGCCAUCAUUGUACACCUCGAGGCACUCUCCACCUUUGCCCUCAUUGCCCCACUAUGGCAGUCGUCGCCGCGAUCGUAGUAGGAGUCCCAUCGAUCAGUGCGAGAGGACCACGGGGCAGAACGCGGAAGGAAAGUCUAUUGUAUCCAUGACUAUUGCCGACGAUUACGCCCAUGUGGAGAAGAGACAAGACUCCCUGUGUCUACCCGUCGGCACCAUUUCCAAACAAGAAUGGGAAGCUUUUUGUGUAUACUGUGUUUUUGUGUUUAAAAAAGUGACAUCCAAUAAACGCUUCACGGGCUCGAACCAGCAGAUUCCGGAGAGUCUUCUCCAAUUGCUGACGUACAAGGGUGCGAAGUACGCUCACCCAAUGACCAACCAGAAUAAUUAUAGACACCGUGAUUAA